UGUAGAAUGGGCACAUCUAUUUUUAGUGUUUUAGUUACUUGGUGCUACUAUUACACUACAGUCUAAACUACUACACAAGCAAUAGGUAUAUAAUGGCUAAAGCGACCACUAUAAAAGAAGCUAUAAAGAAAUGGGAAGAGAAGACCGGUCUGCAAGCUGCAACCGCAACAGAAGUCAGCCUUAUAUUCCAGUGGCCACCCAUAGAAAAGAUGGACAACACGCUGUCGUGUCUCGCCAAUUGCGAGAAACUCAGUCUAUCCACGAACAUGAUAGAGAAGGUGACGGGUUUGAACAGCCUGAAGAAGUUGAGAAUACUGUCACUGGGAAGGAACUAUAUUAAAUCUUUUUCUGGGAUGGAAUGUCUGGCAGACACGUUGGAGGAGCUGUGGAUAUCGUACAAUCUGAUCGAGAAGAUGAAGGGAGUGGGUGCGCUGCGCAACCUGCGCGUGCUGUACAUGAGCAACAACCUGGUUAAAGAGUGGAGCGAGUUUAACAAACUGCAGGAGUUGCAAUACCUGGAAGACCUGCUGUUUGUCGGCAACCCGCUGUACGACGGGUGCGAGCUGGAGGCGUGGCGGGCGGAGGUGGCGCGACGGCUGCCCGCCCUGAAGAAGCUGGACGGAGAGACCGUGCUGAGGGACGAGCCGCCGCUCACUGUCGCCGACAUGCAGGUUGAGGCUGAUUGUGGCGACGCUGUAGAAACACUCGUCAGUGCAGAAACAAAUGAAGUUUAGUAAAAUAUACCUACAAUCUUAUCGGACCUAAGUAAUCAAAUAUCACGAUAAAUAGCUAGGACUGCUUUUAAAAUAUCUGAAAAAAUGUAGUGUAAAAACAUAACACGAUGGAAUAUCAAAAAUAUUUAUUUACAUCUUCAUUGAAGGCAUUUUCUCCACUGGGAACAUUGAAUGGCAACAUGGCAACCCAUAAACCAUAGACACACAAAUAUAUAGACAAAUAUAUUUUUUUUUGCUAAGGCGUCUUCCGCCGAGCAAAAAAUGGUACUUAAUUUUAUAAACAAAACAUGGCAGCGCGAAAAUUAUUUUAUGAAUUUCAACAAUAAGUUUACCAUCGCAAAAACUUAAAAACUAGUCUAAACGGUCACACUGAUAUACCAGAUCCUCUGUCUUUAUCAUAAUAUACCAAAUUACCCACAAUUUGAGCUCAAUAUACCAAACAUCAUGCACUUUCUACUUAAAUGAGCAAAACAAUUUUAAAUACUUCAAUGUAAAAACAGAAAACCACAAAGGAAAAA